AUGAGCCAUUUCUCAGAGUCAGAGGACGCCUUCAGCGACGGCUCCGACGGCGCGCACAUCCGCAUCACUCGCGCAAGGCCGUCUUCUCCAAGCGCCAGCAACGGCGCCGUGGCUCCACACGUCCCUCGUGUCAUCCGCACGGCGGCGGCCGCCUCGCGCUCCACGGCCGCGUCCAGCCGCGGCUACAGCCCCAAGGUGUCCGUGGACAUGGCCGUCGCGCACAGCUGGGCGCCCUACGCCGCCGUCGUCAGCACGCUCCGCUCCGUCUCCCUCCUGGCCCUCAAGGGUAGCGUCCGCGAGGAGGCGAGGGAGGCGGUCGCUGGGCUGUACGCACACCCCACGCCGUUCGGCGCCGCCCAGCGGUUCCCGGCGGGCGAGGUGUACGUGUGCCUGGACCGCUCGCCGUUGGCCCGGACGAUGCACGGGAUCCAGGAGUCGCUGAUGAAGGCGGAGGCGGGGUACGGUGACAAGUGCGUCAGCGCAUGCUCCAGCUGCAUCUACGGGAUCGGCAGCGCCCUCGAGGAGCUCACGCGCGCCACGCGCGACGACGGCAGCGGUGCCCCUGUUCUGUAUGACCGCGAGGUCUUCGAGUCCGCCUUCUUGCUCACAUGGACCGAGCCGUGAGCCGACUGCCGUGCAGGAGCUACGCAUACAAAUAAUUAUGGCCUACAUAUGCCUCGAGUUUUGUAUUCGUGUAAUAUCGAUCAUAUUUUUGAGCACG